UCAUGCCAUCUAAAAAGAUAGGUAAGAAUUUCCUCUGUCCAGGCAAACAGAAGUAAUUUCCCUUUGGAUUCUCUAUUUAUAUCACUACCAAAUUGACUCCAUCAAACAUCUUACAAAAUAAAAAGACAUUCAUAUAUCCAACAAAAAAGAAAAAAAAACAGAGAAAUGGAAGGAAUUGAUCAUAGAAUGGUGAGUGUCAAUGGCAUAACAAUGCACAUUGCCGAGAAAGGUCCCAAAGAAGGACCUGUGGUGCUUCUCCUCCAUGGAUUCCCAGAUCUCUGGUACACGUGGCGUCACCAGAUUUGUGGGUUAUCAUCUCUAGGUUACCGCGCUGUAGCUCCAGACCUCCGAGGUUACGGAGACUCUGAUUCACCGGAGUCUUUCUCCGAGUACACGUGUCUUAACGUCGUUGGGGACCUCGUAGCUCUUCUGGACAGUGUUGCUGGAGAUCAAGAGAAGGUGUUUCUGGUCGGUCAUGAUUGGGGAGCCAUUAUUGGAUGGUUCCUCUGUUUGUUUCGACCUGAGAAGAUUAAGGGCUUUGUGUGUUUGAGUGUGCCGUAUAGAUCAAGAAACCCUUUAGUCAAGCCAGUUCAAGGGUUUAAGGCUGUGUUUGGAGAUGAUUACUACAUUUGUAGAUUUCAGGAACCGGGGAAGACUGAAGCAGAGAUUGCGAGUGCAGAUCCAAGAAUAUUUCUGAGGAACCUCUUCACAGGGAGGUCACUCGGUCCGCCGAUUUUACCUAAGGAUAAUCCCUUUGGAGAAAACCCUAACCCUAAUAGCGAAAACAUUGAAUUGCCUGAAUGGUUUUCUAAGAAAGAUCUUGAUUUCUACGUCUCCAAAUUCGAGAAGACAGGAUUUACCGGUGGAUUGAACUACUACAGAGCCAUGGAUCUAAAUUGGGAGCUCACUACACCAUGGACCGGAGCUAAGGUUCAAGUUCCAGUGAAGUUCAUGACCGGUGACUUCGACAUGGUUUACACCACACCAGGGAUGAAAGAGUAUAUUCACGGUGGUGGGUUUUCAGCAGAUGUUCCAACUCUUCAAGAGAUAGUGGUGAUUGAAGAUGCUGGUCACUUCGUUAACCAAGAGAAACCUCAAGAGGUCACUGCUCACAUCAAUGACUUCUUCACCAAGCUUCAGGACAACAACAAAAGCUUUUAGUUAAAGAGUUCUCUUUUGGUUUUGUUAUGCUGUCUCUCAAAACAAGUUGGUUCUUGCAUGUGUUGUUUCGACAAGAUUAUGAAUAAGAUCUGGCAUUAUGAAGCUUAAUUGAGUA